CCUUGAAGGGAGCAGAAUAAAAACAUGUGAAGGACAUGAUUUUUUAAAAAAAGUAACUAAAAUGGCUCACAGUUUAAAUUACUGGCUGGAAAUGGUGGACGCUAGGACCUGCAGGAAAUCCUGGCACAAUGACCCACAUUUUCCUUGGGUUACUGCAGGCCGUUGACUCGCCCGCUCAGGUGAUGCUUGAUUGCCUCCAACUAGGGAAGCACAUUCCCUUACAACAAAAAAAAUUAAAGGGUGCAGCAACAUUAUUACGCGAAAUUCCAAAUAAAAAGUUUUAAAAUAGAGUUAGAUCAUUAAUUAGCAUGCAUUAAUUGAAAAGGGAUAAGUCACUCCACCCUCGUUUAAUGCACGAUGCAAAAAUUGCAUUGCGUUGCGCAUAUAUUAGAUAUGUAAUUGCUUCUGUACGAGAGUGUUGCAAGCAUAACAUGCCACCAAUAUAGAACCAAUCAGGACUGGGGUGUGGUGGUACCAAACCAAGCUGGACCAAUGAAUGCAAUGCGAUUUUGUCUUCCGAAAAGUAUCAGCCGGCUGCUUUAUUGAUCAUCUUCAUCCCCAACAACACCCACUUGUCCAUCAGCGUCUGGAAGGCAGUACAGCGCCACGGGCUGGUGUCCGGAGCUCCUCCAUCUGCAACCGGCCGCUGCAACAUGACCACCACCGCCCGCAGCCGCAGCCAAGCACCGGCCGCAGACCCCGACUCCGAGCUCCCGACCGACUUCGUGGACGACCGUCCGCCGGUCGACGAUGCUUUCGACACCACGUACGUGGAGAAGAAAGCCAAGCCGCCCAUGAUCAUGGUGUGGCGGAAUAUCAUCCUGAUGGGGGCCCUCCAUCUCUUGGCCGUCUACGCCGUCACCCUGGUGCCUUCCGCCAAGCCUCUAACCUGGCUCUGGGCCGCCUUCUGUUUCUUGCUGAGCGCCCUCGGGGUGACGGCGGGCGCCCACCGGCUCUGGAGUCACCGAUCCUACACUGCCACCACGCCGCUCAGAAUGUUCCUGGCCAUUGCCAAUUCAAUGGCUUUUCAGAACCAUAUUUAUGAAUGGGCAAGGGACCAUCGAGUUCAUCACAAGUUCUCUGAGACAGAUGCUGAUCCUCACAAUGCCUCACGUGGCUUUUUCUUUUCGCAUGUUGGAUGGCUGAUGGUCCGGAAGCAUCCGGAUGUGAUUGAGAAGGGGAAGAAGCUGGACCUGAGUGACUUGGAGGCAGACCCUGUUGUCAUGUUUCAAAAAAAAUACUAUAAACCCUCUGUGGUGCUGUUGUGCUUCGUCCUCCCAACGUUUGUCCCCUGGUAUUUCUGGGAUGAGACGCUUUGGAUUUCCUACUUCCUGGCUGCCAUUCUGCGGUACACGUUAGUGUUGAAUGCCACCUGGCUGGUGAACAGCGCAGCGCAUAUGUUUGGUAACCGACCCUAUGACCGAACAAUUAAUCCUCGGGAGAACAGAUUUGUCGCAUUUGGGGCAAUAGGAGAAGGUUUCCACAACUACCAUCAUACGUUCCCAUACGACUACUCGACCAGUGAGUAUGGCUGGCGAGGGAACAUCACCACCUGCUUCAUCGACGCUGUGUGUUGGCUUGGGCUGGCCAGUAACUGUAAGAGGGCCUCGCAGGAGGUGAUCUUGGCCCGCAGGAGGAGAACUGGCGAUGGCAGCAUCAGAAGUGGCUGAGCGUGUUUGAGAGAGCAGACUGUCAACUUACUCUGUUGCUCCCCUAAUGCCAAAGACUCCACCAGUCACGAAGGCAGUUUUGUCAGCAAUUAUAAUUUUUAAGGUGGAAUCCUUUUUGAAGUCUCCUCUAUCCACAUACCAGUAAACUGAUGAAAGACUUGAGAAUAGCAGGCAGCUUUAAAUAUAACAAUUGUGCUUCAUUGUUGAUAGUAGACAUGGGUCAUACUGAAUUUUGGAAUUGGCACCUUGCUGAAUGGUAAUCUUUGCGGCAUUCGGUAUACAGCUUGUUUUACUAGAACUGUUUAGUAUCAGUGUUAGCAUUGUAAACUCCCAAGACCCUUCACACAUACCCCUGCUUCAAAGAUUCCUUGCACAAGUAAAAGAUUUUGCAUUAAAGGAUUCCAUCUUAACUCUCCCUCGGCCAGGUGCUAGAGAUAAAUUUAAAAUGACCUGGAUCAGAGGGAAUUAUUUUUUUGCAAAUAUUUGGCACUGUAUGCCAACAUUAAUGUACAGAAAUGAUUUGGAUUGAGAUGAUGAGGUGCCUCAAAUUCUGGCCACUCCCAGUCCUUUCAAAGGUUAAUGGUAUGCCAUUCACUGCCAUCUAUUACACAUUCAAUAAUCAUGCAGUAUAUCACUUUUGCAACAAAUUUGAUUAAGUUUGUAAUUGUAAACUCUGCAUCCUAGAUCAUUAGCCACGUUCUUAUUUUGUCAGCAUUUGAGUUGAGUAUUGGCCUUAAGAUCACCCAAUCAGUUCAAGCAACAACCUCGAUCUCCCCUCAUGCUGACCAGUUUUUUUGCUCAAUAAAAGCAAACCCUUUGACUAACUUCUGUGCAUCGAACAUUUGACACUACUGCAUUUUCCCCAGUUUUCCCUCUGCCUCAAUUUCUCAUUAACGUAAGUAACAAUUCUAAUAAGCUGAAAGCCAGAGUCUAGCCUCCUUUAUGGGGGACGGGGAGAAUCGAGCAUUAGCACACAUUGUGCUCUGUACACUUGGAUAUUGACUGAUUAUUAUGAUAGACAGUUUGCACCAAAUGUUAGUAAGCGUGAGAAUCUACCUGCACCAAAUAAUCCUUGUUUCACAUAUUCAGUGUAUCAAUAUACAGGAUUGCCUGUGGAACUUUUUUGGAGUUGGAACUUUAGAUGGUCAAGAAUGUACUGUAUAUGAAGUUUCCUUUUGGAAGAUGCUUUAUUCUGAGUUUCUUUUUUUCAGUCUUUGAAUUUCCUUUUGGUGUAAGGUGUGAUGCCGUUGUUGUAUUUUGUGAGACUGAAUGUUGUGCUUCAAUAAUCAUGCUGAAAAUUAAUAGUAAUAUAAUUAAACACACUACAAAAAAUACUUCUGCUGUUGAAAUGGUCCCAGGUCUCCAGGGUUGAUUCAAGUUUCCCAAAAUGAGCUUGUGGCACAGCAUUGUUCCAGAGAUGGUGACACAGCAGCUCUUGCAUUCAACACAGUACAAUGUGAGCUACUGUGAAUGCGAAGUAGGCUGGGUUUCUACCUGAUAAUGACCAAGUAAAUGCUUUUUGUCCAUGGUCUUGGGUACCUCAUAAAUGGGUAAUGCCUGAUGUCAGUUUGCCCUCUGUGAGGAGCAGUAACGGCACUUGGGUGGUAAGAUUUUAUCCUGACUUCAGUCUCUUGGGCUAUGGGUGGUUCCUGCUCAGGGUGAUGCCUCUGGAAUUGCUCCUUUCAAAUGAUCCAGCAGUGUUGCUUUAAGCACUGGGGAAUGAUCACUUCCCCCUGGAUGUGGUCUGGGCAUGAGCCAAUUCCAAAUAGUUGGAUCAAAGGGUUAAAAUAAAUCAAACUUCUGGUAAAGGGAUUUGUUCAGGACCUGACUUGAUGGACACGUAACAAUUAUGUCACAGAUAAUCCAUUGGUAACAGAUGAAAAACGCAUUUAAACUUUUAUCUCAAACUGACCUCACCUGCCAGACAAACUUAGUUUUACACAGGUCACAUAACUUACCUGGGUCAGGAGUUGCAUUGUGAUUUAAGAUGUUCCCCUAAUGUGAAGGCUGCCAACCCUAUCAUUUAACAAUCAAAACAUUCCUUUCACCUACAACCUUAAUGACUUAUCUGGGGAGGAAGGAGGUGAGAAGGUUUGACAACACCAAGUCACAGAUGUGCCAGUCCACUUUAUUCAAUGAAAUGCCUACAUCCCACUGUAAUACUGGCAAUGGGUCUGCAUAUGCCCAAGUCUAUUAAACCAUGGGACAGAAUCCCGACUUGCCUUUGCUUGAUGUAUGCACUUAACAAGAGCUUGAACAACUAAUCAUCUUGCUGAUCAGCAAAUCCGAGCAGAAUAGUCUCUGCUUUAUUAAAGUCAAUGUCCCUAAAGUGUGGCAAUCUCCUGUUCACCAACACUGUAGUCUGGAACCUGCUGUGAGUCAUGUUAUUGUGUAGAUCUUUAUGCACUUGUAUCAGUGCCACUUGUUCCUAUUUUAACAGAGGCAAUAUUUAAAAUAAACAAUUUAACUUCC